AAUGGCUCUCAGUGUCUCUGCAGGAUGGAUGCAAAUCACUGUCCUGCUCACAGAGACACACUGGUUCUAUAAAUUCAUUCUUUAGGGUGUAGGACUCGGAGGGUUUUGUGAGAAAAGGCAAUUUAUUAUAUUUAAUCACGAGCUCACAGUGGAUAUAAAUAGUCUGCAGUCCAUUCAGUGUCAAGAAACAGAGAAAUAAACAGCAAGAAUGUGAAAAUGGAGCAAUUUCAUAGUCUCCAACUUUGCUUGACGGCCGAGCUGGAGAUUGUGGAUGCUGGCCUUUAUUUUCUGUCCUUGGUGCUUGUUGAUUUGUUUGUUGUUGGUUGGUUGGGUCUAGUGAAGUCGCUUUCAGCAGCAGGUGGCAGAAGAGGCCAGAGAAACGUCAGAGCUUACGUCACUACUGCCUUUACCAGUCACGUGACCACCGCGGAAGUCAACAAACCGGGUGGACAGCUAAAUGUAACGACGAAAAGCACUUUACUUGUUUUACUUCCCUGUUCUGUCUUUCGUUUAACGUUUUUAGAUGUUAACGCGUUUUAAAAACGAGCAUUUAAAUGGAAACCGCGUGCCUUUCAAAUGUCAUAUGUUGGACGUACUUUCCGUCAUUUAGCUGAAGUCGGCCAACGUUAACGUUACUUAUUUUAAAUUAAACGCACCGUUUCAACAUGCCGACUGUUCCUCUUCUCUCGAGCGUUAACGUGGUGCUCGUAAUGACCUACGGUAGUCUGGUGUUUGUUUUGCUAUUCAUCUUCGUCAAAAGACAAAUUAUGCGAUUUGCCAUGAAGUCUCGUAGAGGACCACAUGUUCCCCUUGGCCACAAUGCUCCUAAGGAGCUGAGACAAGAAAUUGAUGCCAAACUGUGCCAGGUUCAGAAAAUCCACUUUGAGCCUCGUCUGCUGUACCCAGAUGAUGACCGGCUAAAUCAAAGAGAACUGUGUGGCUCCCUGUACAGGAUGAGAGCACUGGAUGCCAUCAGAGACACUGAUCUCCCUUUCCGUGAACUCGGCGGCACAUCCACCGCUGUGACGGGUAAAAGACUCCGGACGUGGCUUCUACAGCUGCGAAACUCCCACUGCGUGUUCGGAGACCGCCUGAGCUCACUCAUCGACACGGUGCUGGAUGGGUACAACAAAGCACGGCACGGGGCGGAGGCUUUUGGUGAGGCUGAAUUUUUGAAAUACCAUGAAGCUCUGACUGAAUUGGCCUCUGUCAUCAAGUCUCACAGCGGUACCAGCACUCCGAGCCAGUACCACCAGUCCGCAGCCAAAGACCUGACCAGCACCACGGAGCCUGCGAGCUCCUCCUCCUCCCCCACCCAAACCACCUACCUCACAUCUUCAAUGCAGCAGCGCAGCAAGCGGCCCAGACACUUCCUGGAGCUGAAGAACUUCAAAGACAACUACAACACUCUGGACAGUUCGUUCUGAAAUUGUAUCCAAAAGAAAAGGUCAAAGACGAGGUAGAGCCGUCGGUGAUUAAAGUGCCUACGGACGACGACGGGUCACCAGAUAGUUUAGAGAGUGAUGAUAAAAACACUGCCUUCGUAUACCCAAACGUAUUUCCUGGUUUACAGUUGAAUGCAUAUCAGACUCAGUGCUCUUUAUCUCCGUGUAGCCUAUGCAUAGAGCCUGUAUUAAUGCAUGUGCAGUAUAAGUAGGUUGGGUUGAUUUGACCAAACCAGAGCUAUGGGGCAAUGCAAUGGCAUAAGACAAUCAGUAUUUAUUGCACAAUGUAAAAGCCUAUGCAGACUUGUUGAAAUGACUGGAUUAAAACAUGCUUAUAGUUAAUUAUGUUUGUAGAGAAACCAAGUGUUAGUUUAAAAGACACACACACUGUUUGUCACUUAUGUUUACAUCUAUGUAUGUCACUACUGCAGUGAAAUUGCUGCCUGUUUUUUCUUUGUUUGUUUUACAGAAGCCAUACUUGAUUUAAUGAAUUUUUCUGAUUAAGUGCUCUUUUUUUUAUUUUUUUUAUUGUUAAUCAGUUCUCUGUGCAAUUAAACAGUAUUCCAGUACAUUAAUGCAUCAUGAAUGUUGCACCAGGGGGAAGUCUUUUGACUUUUGUAAAAGCUAGACUGGCCUCCAGAUAUCUAAAAUGUGUUUCUUUGCUAGUCAGGGUUCCUAUAAGGUGAAUACUUUUAUUUUCUGUGGUUGUUAUUCAAAUAAAACUGACAUAUGAUGGUGCACAAUGUUCUUACAUGAGUUCCAGUGUAUAGUGUCCAGCAGAGGGCGCUCCUUCACAGCAAUCUUAAAAGUUCUUAAAGCUUGCUUCAUUUUAGUAACAAGUCAAAAGAAACAUUAAAUUCAUUUUUAGUAAUUUAUUCUGAGAACCACAAACAAAUACAGU